GAUGAAUAGAGCUUACAUAAGGAUAAGUUUAUCCUGAGAAAAAUGUUAUUUGUGAUAACACUGCUUUUAGCAUGUUUCUCUAUAUCCGAUAAUCCUUGCCUCACGUUUACCAGGAUCUGUUGCAUUUUCUCUUAAUAUUUGUAACACUCUGUAUCUCUCUCUGAUAAUAAUUUUGUGUUGUCAUUUUUCUUAGGUUAUAUUAUUAUGUUUUUGUUUAUAUUUUACAUUUAAAAACUUUUAAUAAAAAAAUGGAUUUUCUGGAAAAUCCUAAUGAACAUUUAGACUAUCCAGUAGAAAAGCCCUUAUGUGGCAUUUGCGGUGACCCUCACAGUUAUAGAGAGUGUAAAUAUAUUACUAUAAGCUCACAGAUAAAAGAUACUAUGGUGCCCACAAGGGCUCGCCUGUCCUUACCACACCAACUCGAAAUAAAAAAACUGGCAGAUGAAUCUGAAGUAAUUUGUGCAAAAUGUUUUAUUUCGAGUGGUACUGAGUUUGGGCCAUUUGUGGCUAAGAAAAAUCUCACUUUACACCCUCUGGCACCAUUUCCUUUAAAAGUCUUCAGUAAUAAAGAGUCCGAGUUAUCAGAGUGCUAUUUGGACACUACAGAUGAAAACGAGUGUUGCUGGAUGAUGUUUGUUAGAUCUGCCGAAGAUAUAGAGGAGCAAAACUUGGUGUGUUACCAAGAGAGUGAAGAUAUUUAUUUUAGUACCAUAAGAGACAUUCAGCCAGGUGAAGAGUUAAGGAUGUGGUAUUCGCCUUAUUAUGCUUUCAGGAUGCAGAAAAAAGUACUUACCUUUAAGGAGGUACCUCAAACUGAAGUUAAAGGACAUAUUAUGGCGAAUAAUCCUAAAGAAGACGAAGAAGUUGAAAUGAUAAGCAACAUAAUAAAACAGCAGCAAAAAAUAAUCCCUACAAUCAUAUGGAACUGUAAAUUUUGUUAUAAGCUUGAGAAGAAUGUUACUCGCUUUGCCGAGCAUCUUUUGACCCACUACUCCGCCAGCAUACGAAAAGAUAAAAUAUGCCAUCAUUGUCAGAAAAAAUUCCAAUAUAUAAAGGAAUAUAGAGCUCAUUUGAGAGCUGCCCAUAAAACCCUCCAGGAUCCAAGAAAAUCUUCAGCAAAAAAGUCAAUUACCAGAGAAAAUAUUGAUUCUCCUACAGUGAGACCAAGUGAUCCCUUACUAAUUGACAGUACCAAAAGUCCGGAUGUAUUAAAAAAUAGUUCAAAAAAGGCCUCUUUAUCGGGCCGAAAAGUUUUAGGAGAUACCCAGCUGCUCAAUCAAAGAUUCAUUGACACUGUGGGAGGGCCUUUAUUGCUGCAAUUCGCUCAAGACACCCAAGACAGUUCCAACUCCUGUCUUUUACAACCGGGAAUCGGCUCUUUCGACUUGGGAACGUACGAUAGUGGCCUGGAUAACGACAUGCUGCAAUUCACGAACCUUAUAUGUAACAAUUUAGAUGAGGAUAACUCAGUAAAAGAACCGGAUAAAAGUAACGGUUUUGUAUGUGAUAUUUGCCUGAAAAAGUUUCAAACGAAAAAGUCGGUUAGGGAUCAUUUGAGUUUGCAUAUUGGACGGUUUUUUUGUAAAACCUGUAAAAAGGUAUUCGGUAGAAGUGAAAACUACAAAAACCACAAAUGCAACCACAAAUACAUUCUAAAAUGCCCCAAAUGCGAAAAGAUUUUUUAUCAAAAAAAGUACUUAGUGCAACACAUAUCGAGUUACCACGACAAAAAAUUCUCAUGCCCCCUAUGCCAAAAAUCCUUCCUGUCGGCGUUUAAAUUGAGACAUCACACGUGCAAUAACGAUCCCAAAAAAAUAAAAUCUUCAAUUAGUUUACCGCAAAAAGGCAAACACAGUGGGGCAAAUUUCACGAUCAAACUAGUGUGCUCCGAAUGCAGUCAAAUAUUUUCCUCACACGGGACUUAUCAGAGGCAUGUGGCAACUGUUCACAAGAAAAUUAAAAGUUACCCAUGUGAAAAGUGCCAUAAAGUAUUUCAUCGAGCUGAUACCUUAAAGAACCAUAUUGCCUCCAUACAUACCACAAACCAAGAAGAGAUGGUAUUCAAAUGCACUAGCUGCAACAAACACUUCUCCAACCAAAGAAACCUUAACAAACACAUAAACCAAUCACACCAGCCAACCGCAUAUUCUACAUGCACUUUAUGCCACUCGACUUUUAAACACCAACGAAACUUAACCAGACACAUGAAAAUCGUGCAUCAAAACAGCUUUCACGAGCAGGACAAACUGCACGAAUGUCCGGUGUGUAAUUUAAAAAUGAAACUGAAAAAUUCCCUUCAGAGGCACGUGAGGAAACAACAUCCCGAACGUUAUAAACAUUUAUGCAUCGAACAAACCGCCAAGAAGGACGAGAGUAAAUUGCUGAGGUACAGAUGCCCGAAAUGUUUGAAAAGUCUCAAGAUGAAAAAUUCGAUGAAACGCCAUUUUAUGAGCAAGCACGAAAACGAAUACGAGAAAUUAUGCGGACAGUUGGAUGAGUGUAUUGUUAUACCGAAGAAUAGGAUGGAGGUUAAGGAACAAAAGACCUUCGACGAAGUAGACCAAUAUAUCGAUCUUCAGAAAACAAUCGAAAAUAUGGACUUUAACAUCGACGCUUCCAUUGAUAAUCUGAUCGGUAGCGAGACUAUCGAUAAGUUUCUUAAAGAGAGUAGCGAUCAGAUAUCGAUACUGCUUGCCGAUAGCCCUAAACCGAGUAGUAACGUGCAUAUUAUUAGCGAUAUAGUGCUUACCGACAGGAUUACUAAUAGGGAAGUGGAUUUGCCGUUAAGAACGGCCCCUGGGAACACCACGAUACUGACCGAUAGGAUUACUAAUAGAGAAGUUGGACUGUCUAUGCCGGAUUUAUCUGAUAUUGAUCAGGAAGUAAAAAGUUUCGGUAAAAAUCGUGUUGAGGCUGUCCCUCUAAAUGACGAUGUGACGGUCUACGUGUUAAACGAAAAGCUCAAUUAAAAGGUACUACAACAAAAUUUGUUAAUUCCUUUAUUAAAUAUAAAAGUUACAUCAUGUAAAUAUAAUUUAUUACUAAUAAAAAUAUUUAAAAAAAACA